UGUGAGAAAAGUGCAAAGAACCAUUCCAGCCAUCCCAAUGAACCUCUUCAUAAAUCAGAAAACAAAAGGAUGACUUUAACAAAGGCAGCAUGUUUUGCUGUGGUUCUUAUGUUUUUAUGCUACCAACUACAGAAUCAGGACUACUGGCAGUCUGUAACGUCCUUCUUUGAGGAUCAGUUGAAUUCAAACAAAGAGCGCCAUAAUGAAAGAGCAAGAAGAGAAGCCUCUGUAAAAGCCACAGAGUUUACAUUUGAAAUGACUAUAGGCUACUCUGACAUGAACACACUCCAAGAGUUCCUAAAAAUUCUCAACCUAAGUUUAAUUAACAGUUCAAGUGAAAUAAUCAGCAGUGAAACAACAACAGAGUGUACAUCUGAUCUGACUCAGUACCAGUGCUCAUGUCGGGAAAACUAUGCCUGGUCCAAUAACACGUGUAUGACCUAUGGAGCCUGUAAUGGAUCCUACACAGGAGACACAUGUGGAUGCAUUAAAGGUCGCCCCAAAUAUAAUGAAUCCUGCCAGCUAAACCUCAGUACAACAGCACCACCAACACCACCAACAACAGCAAUGACAGCAGCAUCAACAACAACAAUGACAGCAGCACCAACAACAGCAAUGACAGCAGCACCAACAACAACAGCAUUGACACCAGGAUCAACAACAGCAAAGACAGCACCACCAACACCUCAAACUCAACAAUUGACAUUUACAAUGGACUUAGAGUUUAAAGACUCCUUCAAUGACAAAAAUAGUCAGGAAUACAUAGAUGUUUCUGGAGCUAUUCGGCAAAAGUGUAAAGAACAGACUCCAACUUGUUCACUUACUGACCUUAAAUUCAGCUCUGGAAGCACCAUUGCAGACUACACCAUCAGUGCUCCACAAAUUACAACUACACUGGUGUCAGCUGUUAAAGCUGGGGUGUUUAGUGAUCUGACUGCAAAAUACCCUGUGAUUUUUGACAGUGAUGAAUUAAUAACUAUUGAAGUAUUUGUUCUAAAGUCAGUGACUGUGUACUGUACUGUACCAACUCAGUUAAAUUUUGGUCCUAAAUUGGACCAAGAGUGGAAACUAAAUGGCAGCAUUAUAUCCAGUUUAACAUACAGUACUACCAGUACUCCAGAACUGUUGACUGUACCUGGAUUCUCUCAACCUGGCAAUGUAAGUGUUGAAUGUAGGCCUCACUGGGGAAACAAAAUUUUCCGUAAGAGAGGAGUCAUUGUGGUAAAAGAGACUCCACGGAUUAAAGUGAGCCCAGUCCAAAGAUUAUUAAAAUGUGGAGACAGUCUGACACUCGAGUGUUCUGUUCAAGAUCCUUACAAAGUUGAAUUUGUGGGAUUAAACUCUCCUCCUGUUCCUGCUAAAGAGAUUACAUACCCAUAUCAAGUUCCUGUCAGCUGUGAAAACACCCCAAAACAAGUUAUCUGCGAGAGUGUUUCAGAGUCGGGUUUUUCAGCAGCAAUCAAUCUGGAAAUUACAACAAAGCAAUUUGAUUGUGUACGUGACUCCAAAUUUGGUGAUGGAUACUUUGGGUUUAUUGCAAAAGCAGCCUGUGAUCCAGGCAAAGUGGGAGAAAUAACAGCAGAGUGCAUGGCAGAUGGAAAAUUUGGAAAUGUCCAAGAAAAUUGUGUCCUCAAAGCAGUUCAAGAUCUGCUUGAUCAGUCUGGGGGAUUAAACAAUGAUAACUUGCCAAUAUUCUUGGACAAACUAAAAGGAGUAGCUGUCAACUCCUCAAAGGAAAUAACUGAUUCAGCUGCCACCAUUGGUGCCAUUGUUAAAAUAUUGGGAAAUGUAGCUUCUAAACAACUAUCUUUCAACAAACCUUUAAUGGAGAAUGUCCUGUUAACCACAGACGUUCUCACCAGCGAUGAAGCAAAGAAAUCGUGGCAAAUUCUGAACAAGAAUGACUCCAAAAACCUUAACACCAGCAACCAAAUUAUUUCCAGAAGUAGUUCAUUGUUGCUAGAAUCUCUCGAAAAUAUAAGCAAAGUAGUUCAAGGAGACCGUUUCAGCAUUGUCACGCCUUUGAUUCUUUUCAACAAAACCUCUUUCAGUAAUAAUUUCAAUGGUGACUUUAAUUCCUCUGUGGUGGUGGACAUACAAGUAACUGGAGCAACUAAUUUAACUGUGAUAACAUUUUCUUCUUUGGAUAAUGUCCUCCUUCCACGAUACUUGAAUAUUAAUGAUUCAAGUAAUACCAUCAAUGGCAAGAUUGCACUCAUUCAGAGCAGUAGUAGAGUCAGCAAUAUUUCUCUGACAUUUGACGUAUUCAACGAUACACUAAAGAAUCCAAUAUGUGUUUUUUGGAACUUCAGUCUUUUUAAUGGACUUGGAGGAUGGGAUGAUGAGGGAUGCUUCUUUGUAAGUGAUGAAAAUGGUACUGUCAGCUGCAGCUGCAACCAUCUCACCUCAUUUUCUGUCCUCAUGUCACCUUUUGUUCCAAAAGAUCCUGCUCUAGACUAUAUAACUUAUGCUGGAGUCACCAUUUCCAUGGUUUCCUUGAUUAUUUGUCUAAUCAUUGAAGCUAUUGUUUGGAAGGAAAUAAGAAAGAACGGCACUUCUCUCCUGCGGCAUGUUUGCAUUGUAAACAUUGCCUUGUCUCUCUUGAUUGCAAACAUUUGGUUUAUCAUCAUGGCAGCAACUGUAGAAAGUGGUGGUGAUAAUGGCCCAAUCUGCACUGCAGUUACCUUCUUCAACCACUUUUUCUACCUUGCAAUGUUCUUCUGGAUGUUGGACUCAGCUUUGUUGUUGCUCUUCCGCACAAUAAAUGUGUUUGGUAGUGGUUUAUCAGACAUGGCUUUGUUGGGUAUUGGAUUCGCUCUGGGAUACGGCGCACCUCUCAUCAUUGCAUCAAUAACAAUUGCUUCCACUGCUGGACCAAAAAAAUACAUCCAGGGCUGCUGGUUGAACUGGGAUGAUUCCAAAGCUCUGCUGGCAUUUGUAAUUCCUGUACUGGUCAUUAUCCUAACUAACUUUAUCAUCCUAAUUGUGGUGCUGCACAAAAUUUUUAGAAGCAGAGCACAAUCUGCACAAUCUGGGGAUAAAAACAUUCUAUUCAUUAUUGCAAGGAGUGUUGCUGUGCUCACGCCAAUGUUUGGACUAACUUGGGGUUUGGGAAUUGGACUUUUGGUGGACCCAAAAAAUAAAGGAAUUCACUACUCGUUUGCAUUCUUCAAUUCAUUGCAGGGUUUUUUCAUUUUGGUGUUUGGAACUCUAUUGGACAAAAAGGUUCGGUCAGAUUUAGUUAAGACAUCAAGAAGCAUCUUUAGUGGAACAACAAGUACCAGUAAUGGAACAUCCAUCAGUGGAAGGUUCAGGAACUGGAGAGCUAGAAGAGGUGCUAUAACUGGCUACCAUAUUUCUUCCGGUGGCUCCAAUAAUCCUCAGUCAUUUAGCAACACUUGAGUAAAAGUGAACAGAUUUGUUUAAUGUGAAGAUAUUCAACAGCAAAACCAAGCUCCAAGGAAAACUGCUCAUGUGACAUUAUUUGUACAGUGCUACUUUGCAUAGUGAAUGGAAUUUGGUCCGGAGGCCCACAAGAUAACAACUUGCUGGAUGUUCAGUUUUUUAGUUUGAUUUUGAUUAUUUUAAAUUUGUCUUGAUUGAUUGAUUUUUUUAUUUGUGAGGCUCAUUGGCACGCAGAGCGGCGUCCCUUAUGAGGAUUGUUUGUUUUGUACAGCGUUUGUUAUGUGAGGUACCACUCUGCAUUAUUGUAUUUGUGUAUUUUCUUCAACCACUCCAGACAAACAAUGUUGUUGUUUUUUCUUAUGGGGACAUAAGAGGUAACAUCAUUGUCAUCUUUUUGUUUUGGCAACAAGAAAUACAUAUUUAGAAAUGUGUACAUUUAUUUUUACUUAGACUUUUUUUUUUCUUUCCAUAUAUUCAUCAUCUCUUCUUGGAAAUAACUACUUUUACUGUGAAAAGUUUAAAAUAAGAAUGAGUUUGCAUUGACAUUGUAAAAAUUUCUAUUUUUUUUUCCUGUUUCUUUUACAUCAGUAUUACUUCAGCAGCACUUAUUUCCACUUCUUAUUUUUAAGUACAAUUCUUUCUACUUUUUUUGUUUUUCUGUGCAAUAACUACAAGUUUUUUCUGUAUCCUAACUGCAUUAUAUUUGAUUCAGUGAUUGAGUAGUACAUUGAUGUUUUUUUUACAAAGACAAUAAACCUCUUCUCCAACAAGA